AUGGGAUUUAAGAAGAGAGAUUUGCCUAAGACGUCGCAACUGGGCAGUGUCAUUUCCUCCAUCCUCACUUUCUGCUGCGGCGGUAGUGACCCUUUGCUGACGUUAUCCUCCUACCUCAACUGCCUCACCAGGCGGACGCCGCGCACCACCGGGGAGCUGGUCUCGUUCUUUCACGAUUUUGGCAUAGAGUUGCACGAAACGUUUUCGCAUAAACUGCUACUACUUGGGAUGUUCAUCUCCAAUUUGCAUGAUCUAACCUCUACGUCAACACCUAAUGUGGUCUAUGAGUUAGCAUACCUGCUGCUCCCACGCCUGCAUCACGCGUUACUCGUGAGACAUCUGCUUCAUUACAUUACCAGCAGAUCCCCAAUGAGAGGGCGGGUUAUUCAUAUCGCUGUAAAUUAG